AUGGUACUUUUUGUCGCUGGCAGAAUCUACGUUCGAGCGAAUCAGAAGUCAGGUGUAGGAGCCGAUGACUGGAUCAUGGUUGGCGCGGCCUACAACGUUGCGAGUGUCACAAUGUACAAUGCUUCUAUGACACUCACAAAGCUUUCCGUCUGUAUGACGUACCUGAAGCUCUUCCCCUCGCGCACGAACAAAUUGUUCUGUUGGACCAUGAUUGGGUACCAGCUUCUGUGGGGUGUCAUUUCGUCGGCACUCUACAUUCUGCAAUGCGUGUAG